AUGACAUUUAAUUCCACGUCGAUAGUCGUAGAUGAGAUUGGUUAUAUUUGGGUUAUCUUUGAGGCCUUGCAAAAGGAUUAUCAAUCUUCGAGCGUUGCACAUCUACCGGGCUAUCGUGAUUUAAGAAAACAGUCCCAUGUAGGGCAAGCAUGUGACUUUUUACAAAUAUCACGCUUUCAAGCUCUGCAAAACAAGGGAAACCUUACGGACAGCCUGGCAGGACAGUCUGGACAGCCUGAAAAUAUACUUUGCAGCAAUCUUGCGGUAACCACGUUUCCUAGUGGGGUACGAUAUUUCUAUCUAACCGGACUAAUCAAUUCUAACUACUUGUCCGGAGACCGGCGUCUUUCUCUAAUCCUUCAGGGCAAAAUGCUGUGCCCUCAAAGAAGCAGCUAUGCAAAGGAUUAUAAGGAGUUGUUGUCAUUAGAUUGUGACGCAAUCUUGUUUGAUAUCUUACUAUUUAUUGACCUUCUUACGCGUAUCAUGCCUUUGUCUUUAUUUCACCUAAAUAGUCCCAGAGUCAGACAACACCAACUGGCUGUCCGUAAGUUCCCCCCAACGCCAAUGGCUGCCACACAGCUAUGGUUGGGGGGAGGAACGAUAGAACUCUCAAUUCUAGAGGUGGCUGGUCAUUUUGGACUUUUUGACAUUGCUCGAACUUCGCAAGACCAUGUCAAAAGGGGAUUUGGUAUCUUGACGGUACUUCAAGGUAUCCCGAUCUAA